AUGACGAAUUCAAAUUCUUAUAAUUUGCAAACAUUUCUUGAUAAUCUUGACAAAUUUGUUAGAUUAAAGUCAGUUGAAAAUGAAAAUGAAAGAAAAAAACGUGGAAGACCGCCUAAAAAAGAAAACUCGAAUGUUGUUAAAGAAUUACAAAAGAUACUCCAAACAACACUAUUAAAAAUGUUAAACAAUGAGUUUCAAGAUAUUAAAGAUGUCAGCAAGAAAAUUAUCGAUAUAUUGAAUAAUAUCAUUUUGAUUAUCGUUGAAAGCAAGCUUCUUGAGAAUUUUCAUAAAAAGAAUGAUGAAAAUGAUCAUUGGGAGAAAGUUGCACUUGAUUCAUUUUCAUUGAUCGAAAAAAUCAUACAAAUUAAUGGCGCAGAUCGAGGAGAAUUUGGAAAAUUGUGUCUUAAAUCACUUUCUCAAAUUUUGUUAAAAUCGAAUAUUUCAAUUGACAUUAGAAGAAAUUCUGCGGAUGUCAUAAAUGCUUUGUUAACAGGAUGUAAAGAUAACAAAAAAUUAUUGAGUCAAGAUCAAUUUCUUAAUGUUUUAGAACUUGUUUCAUCUAUGAUAUCAGCAGAGGAUUAUGAACUACAACUUCGUCACUUAGAAAUUCUUUUCCGACUGUGUCCAAGGAUACAAGACAAUCGUGAAAUAUUCGCAAAUAAAGCUUUCUUCGUUUACAGAGAUAUGAUCCCUAAAUUUCUUGAAAUAACUGCCAACGGAUUUUUCGAGGAUUCCAGAAAUUUUUUGAACGCACAAAAUGAGAACAAUGACGGAAUAACUAAUACUCCAAAGACAUUCAGGAUAUCAUGUAUAAUAUAUAAUCAAAAAGAUUUACAUCAUCCCGAGGGUCAGAAUUGGUUUUUUGUGGAUUUUAAUAAAUACACGAUAUCCAUAACAGUUAAGUCAAGAGAGGUAAAACCAACAAAACUUAGAGAACCUUUGAAGCUCAUAGAUCAAAAUUUGUCGAACGAAUAUGUUUUUAAUUUGAUAUUUGACUCACACGAAGAUAAUUGUAUAAAUGAUAUAAAGAGAAUAUUAGAUAAUAGACAAGUGUUUCAGAAGACUCAACAAUCAAAGCAAUCAAAUGAUAUUUUAUCUCUUGAAUUACAUUCAUCGUUCUCUAAAACUGCUGCUAAUUUCGAAAAUAUGUCAAAAUCAUCAAAAUCUUUGGAAACUGUCAAACCACCCAUAUAUGAACGAAACGACUGGAAAAUAAACAACAUUUCAAAAGAAAAUGAAUUACCUAGUUUCCCUAACUUAAUAGAUAUAACAUCGCAGAUGCAUAAUAAUAUUAUAAAUUCACCUGAUAGAAUUCAAACAAAUACAAAAACUCCAUCUUCUUUGUAUUCGUCAUCAUCAUUUUCACCCACAUCAAUAAUGCAAAUUGAUUACGAUUUGGCGAAUUUAAUGCUUGAAAAAAGCAAUGCCGAUAAAAUAUCACUUAAAGAAGAUAAUAUCGAAUUGACGGAAGAAAAUUCAAUAAACUUGACAAAUUAUAAGCAAAGUCUUUGUGAUAAAUGGCAACACGAAGACGAUCAUAUUGAGGAAACUCAAGGUUCAUAUCGAAGACAUAAUGACAUGAAGAGAAUCCAAACUAAAAACUUUAUUUCGAAUCAAAUUCAUAAUGAAGAUACAAGGUAUGACCAGUUUGGAGAAGAAUCGAUGAACUAUGACGACGUCAAAGUUCAACUUCAGCAAAAAUCCGGAAUAACAAAUAUAAAUAAAAUAAAUAAAAGUAUUAUCAGUCUUGAAAAAGAAAAACGGAAAGAUUACGAUGAAAAAGAAUAUCCGAAAUUAGAAAGUGAUAAUUAUCGUGUAAUGAAAAGAGGAAGAAAUAAAUUAAAUAUGGUUAACUAUGACACAAGUGUAGUGAUAAGCGAUGAAGAAGAAUUUUGGAAACCGAGACAAAAUAAUUGUCAGAAUUCAGUUUCUGAUGACAAAAAUGGGAAACAUGAAAGAUUACAAGCAUUGUCAAAGCAUUCAGGAAGCGAUGAUGAUGAUAAAAUUUCAAGACAGGAUGUUAUUAUGGAUAACUAUAUUCUUUGUUCAAGAGAAAGCUCAACCACUAUUGAAGAUAUUAAAUCAUUAUCAACAAAUAACCCUGAAAACAAUAAAGUUCUUAAAGAACGAGAGAACGAACAAAUUUAUAUAACAGAUGAUGAUAAUACCCUAAUCGCAGGUAAUGACCUACCUCAUACAUCCAAUGUUAUUGUUGAUGAAAUUCGGAAAUUUACAGAUGAAAGUUUGGACGAGGAAAUAAGAAAUUUGUUAAAAUUAGUUGGCGAGACUAUCUUUAAACAAUUUCAACAAAAUGACAUUGCAUUGUACCAAACAACCAAGAACAUAAUAAUUAAGAAUGAAAAAAAAUUGUCUAAAGGUUUAGAAAAGCAAUUUGAACGCAACAAUUUUACAUCAAUAGUAUUGGAAUCUCAGCAAAUAUUGACUAAGCUAAAGGAAGAAAAAAUUGAAUUGGAAAAUUUGAGGCUAGAAAUGGGAAGGAUGGAAAUAGAUGAAGAGUAA